GCGUUUGUGCAGUGAUGUGCAGUAUUUAAAGCGGCCGCGCAGCUUCAGCGCACAGAGCUCGAGUCUAUCAGAUCCAGUGUACUACAGUCCCGAGCAGCGCCAGACUCUCCAACAUGAGCGAUAACCCUGUGAAAGAAGAAGUGCAGACGUUUGACAAGAGAUGUCUGAAGAAGACCAACACGGCGGAGAAGAACUCUCUGCCCACUAAAGAAGAUAUCGAGGAGGAGAAGAAGGCUGGAGACGGGGCCAAAUGAACGGAAGCGGUGCCAGCUCUCCUCCGGGACGUCUGCUCCACUGCUGCAUUAAUCAAAUCAUUCUUCUGGCAUUUUUAAAACGGUGUGAACUGCAGAAUCAUGUGUGUGAUGGGGACUGUGGAUAUUCUCCAUCUCUUCAUCGUGUGGGGUUUGGAGAGGAGAUGGAUGAUGAUGAUGAGCACAGUUCAUGAUUAGCUCACGGCUGCCCACAUCAAUCUGGUGCCAUCUGCACUCGUUAUUCUCUAAUUAACAUGUCAGAGGAUAUUUUUGUUUAAUAAAUGAUAAUAAAAACUUUUAAAGUGUG